UCAAAAUUAGCCUCAUUGAAAAUUUCUUACCAACAAAAUCUCUCACAUUCUUUCUCUCUAUAAAACCUAACCCACCCCAAUUCUCUUACCUUCUUUGCAUUCUUCCAAUAAUAAUAAGUCAUAGCCCUUUUCACACAAACCCUAUUUUCUUCUCUCCCUUAUCAUAAACCAAAUCUUUUCCCCUAACCGUUCAUUUUUCUAUUCCUCUCAUAACCAGAUCUAGGGUUUCAUACAGAGCUUUUUUCAAAUCACUCCAAUGUUUUCCGAAUUUUUAUGACCUUCCUCAUGCGUCGAAUUCGUCUGCUACACUCUUUCUCCGUCGUGUUUCUCUAUUGGUUCUACGUUUUCUCAUGAACCUCCUCUCAAUCCCUUAAUCUCAUCGUUUUCUUCAUUCUUCUUCAUCAUCUUCAAAAUUAGAUCUCAGAUUCCUAUUAAUUUUAUUUUUAUUUUAUUUUAUUUAUAAUUCUGUUGUAAAAUCAAAUCGAAUUGAAUAAAAAUAAACUAAUUACCUGAUAAAUCGAAAUGGCUUCGAUUCAACGACCGGCGAGUUCUGGAUCCGACGGCGGAGAUCUACAAUCCGGAACAAUCGACGAGAGGAAAAGGAAGAGGAUGCUUUCGAACCGUGAAUCAGCGAGACGAUCGCGGAUGAAGAAGCAAAAGCAGUUGGAGGAUCUGAGCGAUGAAGCGAACAGAUUGCAAAUCGAGAACAAGAGAUUGUUGGAGAACAUUAAGGCGAAGGAAGAAGCAUGCAUUGAAAAUAUAGCUGCUAAUGGCGUUCUCAGAGCUCAGACUAUGGAAUUAACGGAUCGAUUACGGUUUCUUAACUCAAUCCUUGAGAUUGCUGAAGAAGUUAGUGGAUUUUCUGUUGAGAUUCCUGAAAUUCCGGAUACUUUGCUUGAACCGUGGAAGAUUCCUCGUCCAAUUCAACAACCGAUUAUGGCUUCUGCAGAUAUGUUCUUGCAUUGAUUCAACCAUCCUCUCUGCCAUUGAGUCCUAGUGUUUUUUUUUUUUAGUUUAUGUGUUGUUGCCAUUUGUGUCUAAAUAAUAAUGGUGAACUUGUAAUGGUUCUUUAUUUUCUUUGUUGAUGUAAUACCUAGUAGCAUUGUCUAUUUUGUACCAUUGUUGAUGUUCAGUGUUUGUGUUUUCUUUAUAAAGAAUUUAAGUUAAUUAUCA